UGUUAUGAUCACAACAAAACUCUGCAUUAAGCUGAAUAGGUUAAUAUGUGCUUUUAAAAUUUAAAGUGUUAUUUUCACCGAAACGGCAGUGGGUUCUGCGGAAUCCCCGGCCAUCUUUUAGCUUUCGACGUUCUAUUAUGCAUUUUUGAACGCAUGGGUCAAUUCCAGUCCAUAGUCCAUCGUAGAAGCAGAAAUUCUCCGCAUCAGCUGAAAUCUUUCCCUGAUCUGAGUAAUUUUCCCCCCGAAGUUGCUGUGUCUGUUUUGUCGCACUUGAACGCAACGGAUCUAUGUCUUGCUGCUUGUGUUUGGAAGCAUUUAGCUGACAAUGAACUUCUCUGGCAAAGCCUGUCAAAAGUUACAUGGGGAUAUGCUUCAGCAUAUAACAGGAAGCAUCAGGGAAAGAUUUCCUUCAAGGAACUGUACAUGUUGCUAGAUGAGGGAACUUGCCUCUUUAAUUUUGAUCCACAUCAGGGAAUAAGUUAUCUAGUGAGACAUAAUGUGUUGGAUGAUUCAUGUACUGAGAUAGGAAAGUUUAUUAACUGCACUAGUACUCUUUAUGGAAAGUCUGUCAGCGAGUUUCUUGAUACAAGAAGAGAUGUCUUGCAAGAAAUUGUUAACAUGCAGCAUUAUGAAGGGGUAUUUUUACCUGUGGCACUAAGGCAGUUUUUUGAAAGAGUUUAUCCCCCAGAACAGAGAGGAGAAUUCUUAGACACCCUUUUGAACAAGUUCUCCAUUCGGUUCUGUGCUACAAAUCCUAGCACACCCCUAACACCAGAGAGUGUAUUUAUUCUAUGCCACUCACUGAUUCUUCUCAGUGUGGAUCUGAGCAGUCCCCAUGUGAAGAACAAAAUGACAAAGAGAGAGUUUGUCAAAAACUUGCGUGGUCUCAUUCAAGGGCCUGGUACUGAGUUUCUUGGUGAUCUCUAUGAUAAUGUGUAUUUAGAGGGACACAUUGCUUUGAAGGCCAAGAAGUGUGUGCAGAAAACGACCUUUCCUUUUGAGAGGCCUUAUGGGAAGAUAUUUUUACAUAUGUAGUAAUUUAAUUAGUAAGAAACAAUUUAUUUAAAUCAAGUGUUUGUACUCUUUUAGGUGAAAUUGUUAGAAUAACGUUUUCAAGGAGAAAAACUUAAUAGAUUAUUGAUCAGCACAAAAUAACCUGAGUUCAACCCAAUUUUUGCAAUUUACUCCAAGAGUUUUUUUAUGGUUGGAUUCUCUCCAUACUGUUAUCUGCCUCAAGAAAGGUUAAGUGAAGAUAUGUAUGCCAGAUAUAUUGUUUCAUAG